GGCUUACUGACAAGUAGUGUCGCCUGGUGCGUGACACACCGCUCAGACACACUAACACCUGCUCGGGACGAGCGGUAGAGGCGCCCGUACACAGUCAAAAAGAAUCGCGGAAAAAACACACGCGGACACGUCCGCUUUUUCGACCGACAUCACCGAAGUAACAAGUGGCUUGGUUGAAAAAAAAAUGACUAGAGUUUAUCGGCGGUGAUUUUCCGUGUUUCUUUUUAAACAGUGUGCGCGCGCCUCUUGUGUAACAUUAGGUUCGGGCGAGGACUCGAGGGCGGUCCGAUUCUAUUCAAGCGCGUGGAACGGUUUUCAAAGAACCGCAAACGGUGGAGGGAUUUUGAUUAGAUCCGGCCCGGAUAAAGCCCAGACGUCGAGGGUAACUCAAAGGUACACGGCGCGGCUGACCGCCCCCGCGCAAGACCUCCCUAGCCGUGCUGCUGAACAGGACAGCCGCUGCUGCGCGGGCAUCCCUGCCGACCCACCAUGUCUCAACGUCGAGGCCUCUUCUCGAUGGAGUGGAAGCUGGUGGCCGCCCUGCUGGCGGGGUACGGCUUCCUCAAGGAGAUCCGUCCGUCCGAACCGUACAUAACCCCAUUCCUGACGGGGCCUGACAAAAAUUUCACCGACGAGCAGGUGAACCAGCAGAUCUUCCCGGUGAGCACGUACGCCAUGCUGGCCCUGCUGGUCGUCAUCUUCCUCGUCACGGACUUCCUGAGGUACAAGCCCGUCAUCGUGGCCCAGAGCGUGAGCGCCGUGGUCACCUACUGCAUCAUCGCGUGGGGCCAGGGGGUGGCUAUCAUGCAGUUCAUGGAGGUGCUGUACGGCCUCAUGUGGGCCGCGGACGUGGCCUACUUCACGUACAUGUACGCCAAGGUGGACAGGGCCCACUACGGCACCGUGUCCGCCACGGCGCGGGUAGGCUACCUCCUGGGCCGCUGCGGCAGCGGGGUCCUCAGUCAGGUCGCCGUCAGCUUCAACCUCCUGUCGCUCCUCAGCCUGCAGUUCGUCACGCUCGGUGCUUCUGUCGCAGCGACUGCGUUCGCUCUGGCCCUCCCGGGCGUGUCGACCAGCUUCUACUUCCACAAGAAAGCCGGGAGCGCGCUUCCGGACGUCGAGUCUCGGCCCGGGAGCGGCUUCGGUUCAUCUGAAGCUCUCGGCGACGACCCGCCGUCGCCGUCGGCUGCCGGUGUCAAACCUGCGCCUGCGCCCUCCCACCCGAGCGUGGUCAAGCUGCUCUGGGCGGACUGCAGGGAGGCGUUCAGCAAGGUGGACGUCGUCAAGUGGUCGGUGUGGUGGGCGCUGGCUAGCGCCGGACAGAUGAUGGUCCUAAGUUACGUGCAGAUCCUGUGGCAGGCAUCUGUGCGGGAGAGCGGCAGCACGGAGACGCUGCUGAACGGCGCGGUGGAGGCCGUGUACACAUUCCUCGGGGCGGGCGCCGUGUGGCUCACGACCCAGAAGAAGGACUACUCGACCGUGGGCGACGCGCUGGUCGGCGUCUGGUCACUGGCAGCCGGGGCCAUCGUCAUCCUGGCCGCCCGGUCGCAGAGCAUGGCCGUGCAGUACGCCGUGUACGUGGUCUUCGCCACCUCGUUCAACGCCGCCAUCACCAUCGCUUACUCGGAGGUGGCCAAGCGGGUUCGCGAGGACGCCCACGCCCUGGUGUUCGGCAUCAACACCCUGGGCGCACUGCUGCUGCAGACAGUCCUCACCUUCACCGUGGCAGGGGAGGGUGGCCUCGAGCUUGACAUCCGGACCCAGUUCACCAUUUACGGCAGCUACUUCCUCGUCAUUGGACUGGGCUUUCUCGUCGUCUUCGUCGUCACAUUGUUUACCAGGAGAUGCAGCACGGCAAGGCGAGAAUAAAUGGCAACCCCCAUUUCAA